AGCAUUUUUAAGUAUUCAGAUCGGCACUUUAAACCAAGAACCAACCAGAUUCUUUUAGGCCAAACGAGGACAGUCUGAGACACAUAGGAUACCAACCAAGUCAGGAGAACAACAGAUAUUAUUGCCACAGAGGAACAGAACGUCAUGUGGUCUUUAAAUCUUUUCACAGACUGGUCUGUUUUUUUUUUUGUUUGUUUUUUUUCAGUAGGCCGUGUUGAUAAAGUCGAAACAUCUGGUUUAAAACCAGGUUGCUGUUUCACAGUCAGCAGUUAAAUUUUGUUCUCAUCCAGUGCGUCUUGUACAAAAUUUACUAUUCCUCUUUUGUGCCUAUGUCUGUCUGUCGUUUCUCUCUAUGCGUCUUUCACUCGACGCACUCCUCUCACCACCUUAUUGUCAUGGAGCGGUGCAGCCAGGAGCCUGUUCUCAGCCGAUGCCUGGAAAUUUCCGUAAAGCAAUCCUUGUUGGCUGUUUGGGCUGCGUUGGAGUGGGGUGGGCGUGUGCGAGUGUUUCGGUGGGUAGAGUCGAAGAAGGCAGUGGUAGGUAAGCAGAGGGGGGUACGCUUAAGAGCUUUUUGACUUUUCCUCCGUGGGGAGAACGAGCCGUUAGGUGAAAGAGGGAUUGUCUGGAUCUGGAAUCGUCAUGCCUCUAAGUCAGCGACUUUCGAUGAGCAUGAUCCACUGUGAUGGCGUCAACAACCAGAGCUACUUCUGCGAGUACGGACACUGCUGCGGAGAAUCCCAGUGCUGCAGUUACUACUAUGAGCUCUGGUGGUUUUGGUUGGUGUGGGCAAUCAUCUUUAUUUUGUGCUUCUGCUGCAUUUGCCACCAUCGGCGCACAAAACACCGAAUGCAGCAGCAACAGCGGCAGCACGAGAUCAACCUCAUCGCCUACCGGGAAGCACACAACUACCCCUCAGUUCCCUUUUACUUCCGGUUUUUACCAAACUAUCUCCUUCCUGAAUAUGAAGAGGUGGUCAACCGACCUCCGACCCCUCCACCUCCUUACACCGCCCUAAACUUAAACUCCUCCUCGGUGGCUUCUGUUGCCAUGGCUCCUGAGCAGCAGGCGGGACACUGUCCAUCCACCCAGUCCUCUCCUGCGCCCCCGGUCUCUGACGGUCUCUGCAGUAGACCCUCAAUAGAGGAAGCGCAGCCUCCUUCCUUUAGGCCGAAGCCCGACAACAAACCCCAUCAAACGGCCCAAGACUCCAGCAUUAUUCUUCUGUCAGAUGGGCUGAAUGUGGAGAUGCUCAGCAGCCAGGAGAAAAAAAGUGGAAGUGGGGAUGACUCCUGCAAGGAUCCCCUGCUCAAGGACCUGUCGCUGUCAGAGGGUUGUACUGAGGAUAAAGAGCGCCUACCCAAUGGGAGGAGGCGGCGAUUCACCGGGGACUCUGGGAUCGAGGUGUGUGUGUGCGGCACACGUGGGGGCGGCGGUUACGGUGGAGCUGGCGGGACGGGUCAGGAGCAGGAGAGCCUGCUGGGGCGUGGCGUGGACGGCGGUAACGAGGAGGGGGAGGAGGAGGAGGAUGCCGGCGACUUCUGUGACAGUUGCGGCCAUCGAGCCUCCCUGAGCUUAGAGGAGGAGCAGGCGCUGGGAGGGGCGGAGAGGAGGGCCGGGCGCGGGCCCCCGCUGACACCUCCGAAUGCAGGCGGCGGCUCACUCGGUCCCCCCGCGUGCCUUCUCCUCCACACCAUCAGCGAACAGGACGGCGCGGCCCACAGCCCGGAUCCGCAGGGAUGAAACGCUGUGAGGCAUCAGCGGCACCUUCGGAUUGUUUUACGAAUGAGCCCAUCUUAAAAUAACCAGAUGAGGGAGCAGCAAAAUGACUCCGACGCACAGGCGGAGACACCUUGCUCUUCCCCGUACUAGUCCCAGUGGCCUUAACCAGCGUAACAUGGGCUGCGUAGGGGGCAGUGUAAGCCCCUUCAGCAGCCUGCAGCAAGCGAAAGCUCUCCUCUCCGCAGUCAUCCUUCUCCUUCAACCCAACGCACUGACUCGGCAACGGAUUCAGUGGGAGGAUGAGGACAGGAACUCUUCAGUUGCAGGAAAUCUGCAGAGCUGCAGCACAUUACAUGGUGGUGUAACAUGCACAGCGGGAAAAACCUCGAGUGAACUGGUGCAUUCAUAAGGAUACCACAACGUCUACGGCAGGAGCAGACUGCACGGCGUCCCGGUAGUCGUGCUUCUAAAGUGCUUUUUCAGCAACUGUAAACCACUCUGCCUUCUGCUGGUGUUGCUCUAUCAGCCUUACAAGCGAUACGGUAGUUUGUCUGCGUUCAGAAAACAAAACUAAAAAAAAUAGAUAAAGCAUGAACACUUCCAGUUUUGCACAGUUUCUCUAAGAGUGAAAAUAUUUUGCAAAGUAAAACAAACCCCAACAUUUUAAGGCUGAAGUGUUCAUUUAGUUUCGCAUGGUUUGUGAUUAGUUUCCAUCGCAACAUGUUUAAAUGGAGAGGUGUGUGUGUGUGUGUGUGUGUGUGUGUGUGUGUGUGUGUGUGUGUGUUAGUUAGUAGUAGGAACAUUUACUUGGAAUGUGAUCAUUUCAGCCUAACUUAGCUGAAUGUAUGUAGUCGGUGCCUAACAGAACUCGGUGUGAAAGCUCGAGGAACAAUAAGCUUUAGUGAAACUGACGAACCCUGAAGAAGCAGGUACUCAAAUCAAGAAUGUCGAGCUUCAGAGAGAUUAAAACUGAAAUGACAACAAGCAAACCUCAAGAUGUCUUUUGUAAGUCACUUCAACAAGAUUACCAACCCUCCCCAGCUGUUAAACGAAAAAAAUGAAUCCCUUGUUAGAAACACUGAGAACUAUUCUUAAUAUUUGGUGCUGCAUCUUUGGAGCAACAUCCAGUCUGAUGUCGUUAAAUAUGUCAGUAACAUUACUGUUUAGAACUAAAAUUAUAUCCUAGUCUGGUUUUUUUUUUCCUAAAUGUUUUGCAUUUGCACUGUUCAGUUAAAGAGAUGAAAUUGAAGAAAAUUAUCUGAACUUUUAUGUAUGUUAAAAUAGGGCUGGAUGAGCCAAUUAAAACCUGGUUGUGUCGGUUUCUCCUUAUAUAAAAUCCAUUCAAAAGUAUUCACACUCUUGAAUUUAUUUUUUCACUUUACAAAAAUCUUCGGAUUUAGGUCCGGGUUUUAGUUUCUUACUGGACAGAGGCAUCCCCUCAGCAUGAUGCCGCCACCACCCAGUAGGUUUAAUUUUGGUCUCCUCAGAGCCACUUCUGCUGCUGUACGCAGAACUUCUAGUGGUUGAUUUUUAUUUGUAAAACUUCACAAUUAUAAAAUUCCAGUGAAAUUCACACAAAUUUCUGGUUGUGAUGUGAAAAGUUCCAGGGUUGUUUCCGUAAUUCCACAACAGUGACAUUCCACACUUAUCGUCCUCCAAGCCCCUAUUAUUGAAGAUGUUGCUAAUGUUUUGGUUAGCAAACACAGCUGUUUCACAAAGGAUUCAGCUCAUUAUUUUUGUUCAACUGCCUGUUUCCAUAGAGUCCACGAUAAAAUGCAACAUGUUUUGUAAGACUUAAAUUACAACUGCAUGAAAACACAACGUUCAAUCUCUGCGAAGCACAAACGUUUUAACAAUUGGUCAAACAAAUUUAUUUUAGUAUGAAUAUAUAUACUGAAAGCACCUUGCAGGAGGUCAUUUCCCCCCCACAUUCUUCAGCGCGGGGUUACAGUGCAAUGGGAAACCUUCUUGUAUUACCUGUAAGCUGAUUGACCGUUAUAUGCAUCGCGACAUGGACACACUUUUAAGUGCUUUACAUAUUAGCGUAUUUUGUGAGCUGCAGAUGAAGUAUUGUGUACUUUUGUCUUAUUAAAACGAGCUAUUUUCAUAUCUGCCUGUUCAUUUAAGUGUAAUAGAGAGAAAAUCCUAAAACCACUUUAUAUUUGCAAAUUGUGUACAAUCAUCUGUAGCGGGUUGGAGAACCAUAUAGUUACUUUAUACUGUUUUAUAAAAAAAAAUCUUUUGCUUUAUUUUCAUGGACAGAUUUUACUAUUAAGGCUAACAUUGGGUUCUUUUAGAAAAUCUCCCUGCAUUGCGAGGUUGUGUGAAAGGUACGCUGGACUAACGAUGAGUAUUUGUUCAGAGAUCAGGGCAGUGCUGCCAAAGAUGCUUUUCUGACUUCAGUGUGUGUGUGUGUGUUUUGCACAUAUUCUGGGAAUGUUCUGAUCAUAAGCCAUUUAUUUCAACAACUAAGAUGAAUGUAUGUUCAAUAAAUAUACUAAAUUUA